CAUAACUUAAAAGAGGCAAAAAUGUCGUUAAAAAUGUCGUUAAACGUUACUUUCUGUCGGUCUGUUGGACUUCGCGUGAUAUACGAGUGGACAGAGAGUUAUGUCAUGUGUGUGUAGUGUGUGGUGUGUGUCAUGCAGCGGAAUAAAGCGGCUGUGAGCGUGGAGGUGAAGCAGGUGAUCGCAGCUCUGUGCAGACUGCUGACCGCCACCGGCCUUCAUCCUGUCCCCGCACCGGACACCUUCAGACGGGCUAAAUUCGGUGCUGGACUCGAAGUGGAGGAUCAGUUUUGGCAGCUGCUGGCCGAUAUCCUUCAGCUGUCCGGCAUUGUUUCCUGUGAAGCGAGUGCACAGCCAGGAGGAGCCUCAGAGUGCAGGAAGCUGGUGGCUGCAGGCCUCUGGCAGACAGGAUACCAUGCUGACUGGAUGUAUUGGAGGGAUGGAGGAGAAGGAAGGGAGGGAGGGAGAUCCUCCAGCAGAGACCUCCUGCUGGCUCUGGGCUGGCUGCUUGCUGAAGGACAGCUGGAGAAACUGCUGUCACAGAGAGUCCAGCAACUGGACAGAACACUGCUCACACCCACACCAGUGAACCCUCAGCUUUCCAGUGAGCUCCAGUUAGACCCGGCAUGUCUGAGGAAACUUCAGUGGCUCGUUGGUUGUCUGAGACACCAGGGCCGGACUUUGCUGUCCAUGCAAGAGGAGCGAACCCGCUUACUCCAUGUUGUUUUCUCUGCCAGCCGUCCCUCUUCUGUGUCCUCCUCCGCUGAUCAGAGCUCCACAGUGCUAAAGAAGGACUGUGUUUGUAUACGGCAGCUCUGUGACCUUCUCGAAGCUUAUCUGAACUGGAAACAGGUGGAGAAAGUCUUCUGGACCUGGAUGGACAGUGUGGUGGACUGCCAUCUGACAGAUCCUGCUGUCAAGAAGCCUACACAUGCACCCGAUGGGAGUGCAAGAGUGUGUCACCACGGAAACCGGGGGCUAGAGAAAUUGGAGGACAUGCUAUUGAGACUGCCUACAGGCCAGAAAGGACAGAGAAGAGGCAGAGGGGAGGCUGAGGACAGAGCAGAAGAAGGACAGAGAUUGCAGGAUGGUUCAAACACCUCCUGCCUCUCUCCUUUUCUCUCCUCUCUCCCCUGCAUACCCUCCCAUCCACAGGUCUACCGAGCCAGACUCCAGACUGAGAAGCCUGUCAGACACAGCAGCCACCGAGCAGAGGGGCCCCACGGCGGGGCCGAGACUCUGGGCGAGCUCCCAGCAUCCCAGGCUGCGCAUACGCUUCUUCAGACGGAGGCUCUACUGCUGGAGAGGAGGGACCGACAAAGAUUGGCCAAUAGGAUGCAGCUGCAAGAGAUGAUCGGCAGGCUGGAUGAACUGGUGCUGAUCCCACCGUAGAGUUUUUUUAGAUCUUUAAAUUAAGCUGAUUUAUUCAUUAAGAAAUAAACACAAUAUGGAUUUUCAUUUUAUAGUUUGCCAAAGAUUGACUUGGCAUGGAAAAGAGAUAUUUUCUUCUUCUAAAAAAAAAAAAAUAAUAAAAAAAAUUGACAACCGAUUAAAAAAAAAAAGAAAAAAGU